AUGCAUCAUUCUCCUCAAACCCUUCGAGGAAAUAACGAAAAUCACGAGCUCAGGUUUAUCGUGCAUUUCAGAAGUUAUACCGCAUGUGGCGGUUUUGAUGAGGUUCAAGACCAAUUUUUUGGGGUAACACAAGCAGAAAAGGCUCGCCAAAGCCUCUUAUUGGAGGGUCUAAAACUGAGUUGCAGUGAAGAGGAUGCAUCCAGCAGUGAAGGCGAUUCACCUCCAAUGAAGAAAAGAGCAGGCAAUGGCAUGAGUGUUCAUGAAUCAUUUUGGGACUGUUUUAAUGAAGUUGCCAAAGAUAACAAUCAAACUGAAGACUCUGAUAAUAGUGCUAUAGCCAAUGAACUUGACUUUUUCUUAAAAAUGCUUUACGAUCUUGAAUGUGCAAAUGUCUCAGAGCAGCGUUUCUAUAAUACUCUUACGAAGGAACACAGAGAGGCCUGGAGAUGCGUUUUGUGCAAGAGCCGGCAUCCCAAAGCUGAUAACAGCAAUACUCCAGUUCGAGGCGGCGCUGAUGGUAUCACAAUUCAACGUGGAGCCGCUGUUAGGAGCCCUACACAAUUAAAUAUGUCUAUUGUGGAGCAGCCCUCUUCUCUCAACGAUACUGCUCACAAUAUGACUAUAGAAGUGAGCGACUUCCAGGCUUUUGUGAUGGAGAUGCGCUCGUUUAGGCAGGAGAUGCUGGAAGAAUUAAGAUCGAACCGGUUGAAAAUUGAACAGCUCGGCGAGACUGUCAUCUCACUCUCGGACAAAAUCAUAGAAUCAUCUGUCGAGAGCUUGAAGGUGGAAUUGAAUGAUCGCGACCAAGAUCUGCUUUUAAACGACGUCGAAAUAUCUUGUAUCCAAGAACAAAGGGGCGAGGGAUUGCUCCAUGUGGUCACCGUUUUGGCGGGAAAACUAGGAGUAAACUUGGCAGCCCAGGACGUCGUAUGUGCCACACGUGUCGGUCGUGCACCUGAAUCGGGGGAGGCAGAAAAAUCACUAACAUCCCGCCCGCGACCCAUCGUCGUUCGUCUGGCGCGUCGCGUUGUACGAGACGAGCUGCUGCAAGCGGCGCGCGUCCGUCGCGGCGCCACCACAGACGGUACAGGGCUGCCAGGAACACCACGCCGCUUUUACGUUAAUGAAAGAUUGACGAAGGUAAACAGGCAUCUCUUCCGACGGAUGCGGGAAUUAUGUGGUAGGUUAAACUGGCGAUACGUCUGGACGAAGGAUGGCCGCAUAUUUGUACGUCAAUUUCAAGGCAGGGAGGCUCCGCGACUACGUAUACGGGUGGAAUCUGAUCUCGUGCGGGUUUUUGGCCGGGAGGCUGUUAGUGCUACAAGUAAGAAUGAACCUUUUAAGACAUCUUAG